GUUUGUAUCGUGUACAUGAACUGUGACGUCAUUGUUCGUCUGCUGAUCCUAAACUCUCAAAAACGUGAUCCAAAUAUAGAGCGCUAUGUUCUUCAGAGCAUCUGUGGAAAUCAUGAUCUUUCACAAAUGGUUUGCUGCCCUGCUCUUCGUUUCUCUCAACAAACCACAACUACCUCUACGACUACACGGGCCUCAACCAUUAUUACAACCCCUGCUACUACUUCUGGAUCAUUUUUCUUUUUCUCAGACGCUCCGGCGUCAUCACUCAGUACAAAUACUCCGCUUUUAACAACAACAACCACCCGUCCUCUACAAGGUUCCUACAAACUGCCUACCAAUUCUAUUGAUCGUUGCGGAAUGUCCAAUGCAUCACAUUCUAGAGUUGUUGGAGGCAUAGAUGCUCAGCUGGGAGCUUGGCCUUGGAUGGCAGCCUUAGGAUAUCGUUCCAGUAGUUUCGAUCUUACUGCCGGUCCAGUGUUCCUUUGCGGUGGAACACUGAUUACCAUCAGACAUGUACUGACAGCGGCUCAUUGCAUUCAAAGCUUGCUCUAUUUUGUCCGGUUGGGAGAAUAUGAUAUCAACUCCAACAAUGACGGAGCUAAUCCUGUUGAUAUCUACGUUGAAAAAACCAUAGUGCAUGAACAAUAUAACGAAAAAACCAUUCAAAAUGAUAUUGCCCUCAUACGUUUGCAAGUCAAUUCACCAUCAACGGAUAUGAUCAAACCGAUCUGCUUACCGGUGGAAGAACCCAUGCGUUCUGCUGAUGUUACUUACUUUUCGCCCUUCAUUGCCGGUUGGGGUACGACAUCGUUCCGAGGGCCAACGGCAAGCCGUCUGCAGGAAGUGCAGGUGAUCGUGCUACCAAUUGAUCAAUGUGCAUUCAACUAUAAGCUGUAUUUUCCGGAUCAAGUGUUCGAUGAUAAAGUGCUGUGUGCUGGAUUUCCCCAAGGCGGAAAGGAUUCUUGCCAAGGCGAUAGCGGAGGACCGUUAAUGUUGCCGCAGCAUUCCACAAACGGGCAGUUCUAUUAUUUCAACCUGAUUGGAAUUGUUUCUUAUGGCUAUGAGUGUGCAAAGCCUGGUUUUCCAGGAGUUUACGUAAAGGUCAGUCCAUACAUACCAUGGAUCGAAUCUAAGCUGAACAAAUCCGGUUACGUGAGACAGUUUGUAAACAUGUGGAUCCAGAAGCUUGCGAUAUUGACUGUAUUAGUAGUGCAAAGUGUGCAUCCGCAAGCUCGGUCGUGUUACACGCCAAAUGGUGUCAUAGGCGUUUGUCAGCCCUUGCCAAACUGUCCAUCGCUAGUUCGGCUUUACCAGUAUAACAGGACAAGGCAGACCGUAAAUUUCUUGAUUGCAUCGCAACGCAGUUGUGGGAACCAAGUUAGUGGAGGUUAUCCCGUUCUUUGCUGUACCGAUGGAGUUCAGUACGACCAACCAACAUCUACCAGUUCACCUUUUGUAGAAGUGCCAACGACGACGACGACGACGACAACUACUACCACCACAACCACCCCCAGGCCAACUACUCAGGCUCCGACAACGUUAGCUCCUAUCUCCAUAGCUGAUUGCAUUGGACCGGAUAAUCGAGAAGGAAAUUGCCUUAGUUUACGAGUUUGUCCAUCACUUUUGAACGAAUUCUUGCAACGACAGAAAGAUCCUCAAUUUAUUGGGUUCAUCCAACAAUCCAAUGCAAUUUGCAAUUACAUUCAGCCAAAUGUUUGUUGUCCACUGGAAACGUAUACGCCAGCUCCUCCUACACCGCCGCCAACCGUGGCACCACCAGAGCCACCUGCACCUGCUACUGAGGGACCUUCUCAGCCAAAGAAUAAUGCUAUAACAACACUUCCCUCCCCAAACAGUGGAUGUGGAUACAGUAAGGUAGAACAUAACAGAGUAGUCGGCGGAGUUCCGGCUGUACUUCAUGGGUGGCCGUGGAUGGCUUUAAUUGGAUACAAGAAUGCUCUCGGAGAGGUUUCGUUCAAGUGCGGAGGAUCACUAAUCACCAAGCGUCACGUUUUGACAGCAGCUCAUUGUAUUCGCAGAGAUCUGUCCUCGGUUCGACUUGGUGAGCAUGACACAUCCAUCGAUACAGAGACUAAUCACGUUGAUGUUGCCGUUGUGAAGAUGGAGAUACAUCCCAGUUACGAUAAGAAGGAUGGGCACUCAGAUCUGGCUUUACUUUAUCUCGGGGAAGACGUAACGUUCGAUGAUGCCGUGCGACCGAUUUGUCUGCCAGUGAGCGAACCGGUCCGCAGUCGAAACUUUGAAGGAUACACUCCAUUUGUGGCCGGUUGGGGAAGGACGCAAGAAGGAGGCAAAUCGGCAAAUGUUCUCCAGGAGCUGCAAAUUCCAAUCAUAGCCAAUGGAGAAUGCCGUAGUUUAUAUUCCAAAAUCAACAAAGCAUUCUCGGAUAAGCAAUUUGAUGAUUCCGUGAUGUGUGCUGGAGAGCUGCAAGGGGGUAAGGACUCAUGCCAGGGUGAUAGUGGCGGUCCGUUGAUGUUUCCGCAACGUGAUGGUGUCGAUUUUUACUACUACCAACUUGGGGUCGUUUCCUAUGGUAUUGGAUGUGCACGGGCUGAGGUUCCCGGAGUUUACACUAGGGUAGCGAAAUUCGUUGAUUGGAUCCAAGAAAAGGUCAAUGAACCAGUUUGAAAUUCUCAGGAUAAUGUUAAUAUGCAAUAAAACAAUUGAUGUGCCGUAUUUGUUUU